CGAGUGGAUACGGUGUGACGCAGCGGCCAUAACGGGUAGAUCAUUUCAACUUUCAAGAUGGCGACAUCGGAACCGAAAGAACCCAAAACUGAAGAGCCGCAACCUGAAACCGACAGCCAAGUCGCAAACCAGGAAGAGUACAUCAAACACCCCUUGCAAAACAAAUGGGCCCUGUGGUAUUUCAAAAAUGACAAAAGCAAAAGCUGGACGGAGAACUUGCGUCUCAUUUCCAAGUUUGACACCGUGGAAGACUUCUGGGCAUUAUACAACCACAUACAGCAACCCAGCAAGCUUGUCUUUGGCUGUGAUUAUUGCCUCUUCAAGGAUGGCAUCAAGCCCAUGUGGGAGGACGACCGCAACAAACUGGGAGGGCGGUGGCUCAUGACCCUCAAUAAAGUCCAGCGGCACAACGACCUCGAUCGCUACUGGUUGGAGACGCUCCUCUGUUUGGUGGGCGAGUCGUUCGACGAGGCGAGCGAUGACGUGUGCGGAGCCGUGGUCAACGUCAGGCACAAAGCGGACAAAAUAGCGAUCUGGACCAGCAACUGCCAAAACAGGGACGCCAUCAUGACGAUAGGGCAAACUUACAAGGAACUUCUGAGCAUCCCCAGCAAAGCCAUGCUGGGCUACCAGUCACACGACGACACGUCCAGCAAGAGCGGCUCCACCACCAAGAACAUGUACUCUGUUUGAAAGGUCCUCACUGUCGCCACAACAACUGGCUGCGUUUCGAUUUUAGCGAUUGCUAGCGCAAAUCAUCAUCAUUAACGUUACGAGUUGGAGUCGACUACUAUAGUGUUGUUCCCGUUCACAGAGAAAACAAAACGCACCACUGCUUCAUUUCAGCGUGUUCUGGUUUAGAGCCAGGCAAAAACAUUUUUGUUACGGGGGGGAGGGGGGGGUGCACUUGGAAUAGUUUGAAGGGAAGUUAUUAUAACGGCAUUUCUUCUCUCAAGCGUUACACAAGUAGCUAACACACUAUCUUGAAGAAUCUACAAUAUGGUCAAAGUUUAUUAAAAAAAAAUGAAAGCGUAGCCAUGCUCCCCAGUAGUUUGGAUUUGUGGAAGGCCACUUAUUGUUUCAGCUAUGCUGGAAUUGUGGAUUAUUGCUUGUGUUUGUACUUAUUCUUUGUUUCUGCCCCUUUUGCCCUCUACAUUUAUUUAUAAUGUAUGCCUUGCAGUUGAGGUCGAAUGAGUUUUUUUUUUUAAAGAUUUUGUUUAGGGUGAAAAUGUGGACUACUGCAUUCUUAGAUGACAUUUUUUACAGUGUAUCAUACAGUAAAGAUGCUGACCCAACUUUUCUUUUUUCUUUUUGCGUGUGUGCUUUUCACUGUUCUCUUGCUAACAAAUUGUAGAUAAUGACACACUCGCUCUUGAUGCAACUUUAAAAAGAUGAUAAUCAUUGUGAAAUGAUUUGUUUUCCUUUGCAUAAUGUAUCUUUACCUGUUUCCCCCCAGGGUGUAUAUGACCUUCUUUCAAGUAAAGAUUAAGUGCUUUGCAUUUGAA